AUGAACACUCAACUUCUAUUGGCAUUCGUGGCCUUUGCAAUGCUGGCUUAUCUUACGGCGACCUUCCUUCAAUGGCUUCGAUCACCUCUACGGUCGGUGCCAGGGCCGCUCCUCGCACGCUUUACUGACCUCUGGUACUUAAAUCAGCUGAGGAAGGGCGAGUUUGAGAAGGUCACCUUGAAGCUUCACCAACAAUACGGCGCCAUUGUUCGUUAUGGUCCGAACCGGUACAGUAUUAACGAUACAGAAUCGUUACAAACUAUUUAUGGCCAUGGAACGCAGUUCCCGAAGUCUGAGUGGUACAGCUCGUUGCAACCUAAUAAGGCUGCUUGGAACCUCUUUGCUAUGAGAGAUAUCAAACACCACGCACAAAGCAGGCGGCUUUACUCUAAUGCAUAUUCGAUGACCUCUCUUGUUCAUUACGAGCCUUACAUUGAUGAUUGUGCUGCUAUCUUCUCUCAACGACUUCUCGAGUUUUCCAAAGCUGGGACGGCAGUCAAUUUUGGACGCUGGUUCCAAAUUUUUGCAUUUGAUGUUAUCGCUUUUAUAACUUAUGGACGGCGUCUCGGCUUUCUAGAUCGAGGAGAGGACGUUGGUAAUAUUAUCCACAACCUCGACCAAAGAGUGGAAUACACAACUUUGGUUGGACUCUUUCCUCGCUUUAAUCGGUGGGCACUGAGACUGAGCGCUCGUACCAGUCGUUAUGGCGGUAGGAAUACUUCAUACAUCACGACGUUUACCCAAGAGUUGAUUGAGAAAGAAAUGGCCUCUCCGAAAUCAGUCACUGAGGUAAAAGCCCAAGAAGACACUGCAGCUAUUUCGGAGACUUUCCUGUCGAAAUUUCUAGCCAGGCACUUCAACACGCCUGAUAUAUUCACUAAAUAUCACAUCCUUACUGGCUGUUUAGUGAAUAUGUUUGCUGGCUCAGACACUACCGGCAUUAGCCUGGCGGCCAUUCUUUACAACUUGUUGAAGAAUCCGGCUACCCUGGCGAAGCUACGCAAGGAGAUCGACGACUUCACCAUCCGUGGCGAGCUUUCGGAAGCGCCCACAUUCAAGGAAUCUCAGCGAAUGCCUUACCUCCAGGCCGUUAUCAAGGAGUCUCUACGCAUCCACCCGGCGGUAGGUGUGCCGUUGGAACGAUCUGUACCUAGAGGCGGUGCGACCAUUCAUGGGCAUUUCUUUCCCGAAGGGUCUGUUGUUGGCUUCAACACCUGGGUUCAGCAUAGGAAUAAAGCGUCGUUUGGAGAAGAUGCUGACCGCUUCCGUCCCGAUCGAUGGUUGGACAAUGAUACAGAGAAACAUUCCGUCAUGAAUAGGGGUUGGAUGCCCUUUGGGUUGGGAUCACGAAACUGUAUAGGGAAACAUAUUUCCAUACUGGAGAUGUCCAAGUUAAUCCCUAGAAUUAUUCGCGAUUUCGACUUCAAGCUUCGAGGAACUGCUGCCGUGCCGAACGGAUCCUGGGAAACUCUCAACUAUGGGUUUGUAAAACCCCAAAACUUUUAUUUGAGUGUAAAAUCCAGAAAGUAG